CUAAUACUUGACCUACACCAAUUUACUGGAUGGUAGGCUGCAUGCCAAGAAAGAGAUCGGAAGCAACGCGCUCACGCAAGGCUCAGCAUCGAUGGCGUGACGUCCAGCUCAGCCAACGAUCAAAUGCAUUGAGACGCUGCUACAGAACUACCAUCUUAUCGAAGAGACUCGAUCACCAUAGCCCAACGCUCUAGAUGGACUGUCUUUAUGUGCACGAUAAGCUCGUACGCACAAACCCCCACUUGCGCUUGCUGCGAACAUUCGCCAGUACGCCAUCUCGGCACUACUCCUGACCAAACAGCGUUCGAUUUCAGCGUGCUAUUGCUGUUUACCGGACAGGCUUGAUUCCCACGCAUGUUGGCUACCGAGAUCUUGACCCCGUUACCCUGCUUGCCACGUCUUGCGGAACGCCACUUUAAGUCGCACCGAGCGUCGAUGUUCCACAACGGAAAGCAUUGAGCUGCGCUUUGCUAGGAUAGCCCAUGGCCGUGGGGAGUGUCAGGCUUUAACCCUCUAUCUCUUGGUUGGUAUGUACCACGCCUCUUUGCUUGCUUUACAGUGACACUGUCGGGAUAAGCUCUACAGACUUGCCAGAAUAAUAGCUGCGUCGCUCAAAAUCGUCCACGAAUCAGUGUCUCCGGUCCAGGUUCUCUGCAACGGUCUCAUCUUGCGGCAAGGAUAUGGUUGCGAAGUCGAGCAAGUCUUCCUUCUCGGGCUUGCGGUAUAUGGCCAGGAUCUAGAAGCAUGAUCCCGAGGGGUACAGCUGUACCCUAGUCCCUAGGUACAGAUGGUUGAUGCUAUACAAAUUCAAGCCCUCAAUCACGCCAUCAGCCACGAAGACAACUCAGCUUCCCCUUCAAGCUAGGUGAAGCUCUUCACAUGCGAGAAUUUUCAUCCUUGCGAUGAGCAAAUCGCUUCCAUUCGACCACUUUACGGCGCUUGGCGGUUAUUCGCAAUUCCUGCAACUGCCCUGUAACAAGAUGGAUCCACAGAAUACGUUGCCACGGUUGAGGAUGGAAGGCCGGUCAGGUGCCGAUGCCUUGCGCUAUAUAAAGCACCACUUCUCUCUUCACCCUGGCCGUCCCAUUGUCUCCUAUAUCGCGUGCCAGCUUAAGAACAACAGCCAUGGACAUCAAAUCCGGCACAGUUACAGGUUUUCCGUCCUCGUUGGAGGAUGCUAAGACUGAGCCUCGCGAAGCAUUGAGACCACAGAAGUGGUGGAAGUUAGGGGGUAACGAUGUCAGCUUUGUUUCUGUCGAUGCGGACAGUCAGCUGGAUCCCGAAACACCAUCCAAUGAUCUUUCGGAUGGCUCAAGGGUGGUGAAGAAUGUGAACAACGUCUUCGAAGCUCCCGAAGCAGUCGAGCUUUACAAGCCCAUACAGGGCUUUGAAGGCGCCCAUCGCUUUCAUCCCGAUGCAACAUGGACCCAAGAGGAAGAGAAGGCCCUGGUUCGAAAGCUUGACUGGCGCAUCGCUCUUCCUGCCUGUAUCAUGUUCUUUGCCCUCCAACUUGAUCGGGGCAACAUCGCCCAAGCUCUUUCCGACAACAUGCUAGUCGAUCUAGGUCUCACUACAAACGACUACAAUAACGGCAUGACCAUCUUUUAUUGUUCGUUCUUGUUCGCAGAGCUCCCCUCCCAGCUCGUUAGCAAGAAACUGGGACCGGACAAUUGGAUUCCUAUCCAGAUGGUAGCCUGGAGUGUUGUCGCAGCGUCCCAGGCGGCGUUGUCUGGCAAAUCCAACUUCUACGUCUGUCGCUUUCUACUCGGCUUCAUCGAGGGUGGCUUUAUUCCCGACACCAUCCUUUACUUGAGUUAUUUCUUUACAAAUGCAGAGUUACCGAAGCGUUUGAGUUGGUUUUGGACUUCCUACCAAUCUACCCAAGUAGUCGGCGCUUUCCUAGCUUACGGAAUUCUUCACCUGAGAGGUCAUAGCGGGCUGAAAGAAGGGUGGCGCUACCUUUUCGCCAUUGAGGGCUCAUUGACGGGCUUGAUUGGUAUUCUUACCUGGCUAUAUCUGCCAGCUUCGCCGACUCAAACCUCGCGCCACGGCAUGAAAGGCCUCCUUCGACCGAAAGAAGGCUGGUUCACAGAGCGGGAAGAGACCAUCAUGGUCACACGGAUUCUUCGUGAUGAUCCUGGCAAGGCCACAAUGCACAACAGACAAGGUAUCAGCUUCAAGCUCUUUUGGGAUGCCCUUACCGACUAUGACAUGUGGCCCAUCUAUCUUAUCGGCCUCUCCUGGACGAUUCCAACCACCCCUCCACAGGCAUACAUCACCCUGACCUGCAAGGCUCUAGGCUUCAACACCUUUCACACCAAUCUCCUCACCAUCCCGGCCUAUGUUCUCUUCAUUCUGCAGCUGCUAUUUUGGACGUGGGUGUCUGAAAAGAUCAACCAACGAAUCCUGCUGGGCAUCAUCUCCCAACUAUGGGCUCUGCCUCUUCUCAUCGCCCUGGUCAGCCUGCCCCCAACAUUCCCCAAUUCCAAUUGGGCGAAAUGGGCCAUCUCGACUCUGCUUGUGGGCUAUCCCUACAUCCACGCCAUCCUUGUUGCCCUCACGUCUCGGAAUUCUGGCUCAGUGCGGACCCGUACGGUCGGUUCUUCGCUCUACAAUAUGGCCGUCCAAGCAUCUAAUAUUUUUGCGUCCCAAAUCUAUCGCAACGACGACAAGCCAUACUAUUACCGAGGCAAUAAAGUUUUGUUAGGCAUCGUCGCGUGGAAUUUGGUGUUAUUUGUCGCUGCCAAGGUAUACUACGUGAGGAAGAACUCUCAGAGAGAUAGGAUCUGGUAUUCAAUGACGAGGGAGGAGAGAAUCGAUUACCUGGCUACGACCAAGGACAAGGGGAACAAGAGACUCGACUUCAGGUUUGCUUCUUGAUCACCUAGCGACGUUGGUGAGGAUUGAGAGGCAGUCCAAGCGAGGUGUUGGAGAGAAGGUGAACAUGGCUACGUGUUGUGCAACGGCUGUCUAGACGUUUUCUGUGUUGGAAGAUGAUUGCGCGAGGCACUGUGGCUAGCACAAGCCGGCUUCUAACUUCACAUUUGCAAAGGCUGAGAAGGGGAAGCAAGGAUGAUGAGCCGCGCCCUAUCGAAUUCCAUUCUUUUUAGAGCUCUCAAGGCUUGUCGAGGUUUACCAAACCUAGGAUUCUCAUUCCUGUGAAUCGUCUUUACGUGUCGUUUGCUGAGGCAUUUGUGACAUUGCCUACAUAUGUGCGAAUAGGCAAUUUGUGGCUAGAUGUACGACGAGAUCCUCAGGGCGUCCUUUCCGCAGCCCGUCACCGAAAAACAACGACUUGCAAGUCCGCUUCCAUUGGAAUGAGAAGGAUCUAGCCAUUUGGGACAACCGGUCCGUCUUCCACACUGCAGCCAAUGACUAUUAUAGCAAGUAUCAGGGCAAUUCGGCUGAUCUCUCUGGGAGAAGCCUUGUCUUGCUCCUACCUCGGUUUCCUCGCUUUCUCGCCGCCAUGUUCAUGGUGAAGUUUGAAGAGAGAUGGUCCUUAAGGUUUAGGUUGAGCAAAUGGUUGUCGGAUGGAGUGGCAUAUAUGAUGAGACGGACUCAUUGCAGCGCGCCGUAGCGAAUGAAAUGAAGUGGUGGACAGCGAUGGAGCAUAUA